UUUUCGCUUUCGCAUUUAUUGGAUGCCCCUUGGCAUCUGGAUCUGUAGUUCCUGGCCUAUCACAACUUCAGAUGGAACAAUUGGGAGGAAUCUGCUUGACUUCGAUAGCCCUAAUGGUAAAACAGACGGCUGAUGAACAACAGAACUUGACUAGUUCUAAAGAAAGUGAACACAAAAUUUCCAUCAAAGCUUCUGAAGAUAAUAACAUUGCUCCAGCCAAGACAGUUCCAGCGAAUUUCGAGAAGAUCGGUCAAAGGUUCUUCUACAUAGAGAAGAAAACUCAACUUAAUUGGUUCGCUGCCGGAAAGGCCUGCCAAAAUAUGAAUGGUACACUGGCGACCUUGGAGAGCCAGAAAGAGAUGGAUGCUAUUUAUGAGAAGCAAGCGCUUGGAAAAUACUGGACGGACCUUAACAACUUGGUAAAUAAAAGGGAAUUCACGAGUUGGUCCUCUGGCCUGAAGGCACCCUUUCUAAACUGGAGAUACGAUCAACCCGACAACUCCAAUAAAAACGAGCAUUGUGUAACCAUGUUUGGCCCCCUUAUGUACGAUGAUAACUGCGAAUUGGAAUUUUAUUUUGUUUGUCAGGCCAAUUUUUUGUAGAGCAGAUAGCAUAGUGAAACAUAUUAUUCAUAUUUAAUGUACCAUGUUUAAAUUUCGCAGUGUUCACUUUAGCUGAUAAGAAAUGCUAGUUAUAAUUCUCAAAGAGUAAUA